AUGAAGUUUCAAGAAUCCAUGGACUCUAUGGCCGAUGAGGCUUCAGAUAAACGUAAUAGAAAGGCUAACGAAGAAAGAGACCCCAAAAAAAGGACAAACGCCAAAGAAACAAGAAUAAGAAAUGAAAAAAUGCUUAAACGGCAAAAACAGCGCGAGGAAGCCGAAGCCGCGAAGGAAACAAAUACAGAUGAUAUGGAGAUUGAAGAAGAUGACUUGAAAAGAGUGACCAGAAGAAAGGAUCAAGAAGUAAAGCAUAUGAAAAGUCUAACUUCCCCCCUCCGUGAGUGAACAAAAAAAUUUUGUUCACUCACGGAGAGGGGUUAAUUUUUUUUUUUAAAAAAAUUUAUAUAUGAAUUUUAUAGAAAAAUGUUUUUUUUCAAAAUUUUAAAAAAAUCCUAAUUUGCAAAAAUUGAGACCAAAUAUUAAUUUAAUUUAUAAAAUUUAUGUUUUAAAACGCAAUUUGUUUAAAAUUAAACAGAAUUAGCUUGAGAUUUCAUUAUAUUAAUUAUCACUUAUAUAUCAAUUUUUUUCAUAAAAAUUUUUUUCUAUUUUUGUUCGCUCAUGGAGGGUGGGUUUUUAAGCAAAAAAUAGCAAUCUUUCUAAUGGUUUUGUUCACUCACGGAGGGGGGGGAGUAAGCAGAAAAGCAGAAAACCAAAAUGUGUACAUUAAUGAAUUCAUAGACAAUAUUGUUGGAAAAAAGCCAGAGAAUCUGAAUACCAGACAAGGAAGAGAAUACAGAGAAAAGCUUGCUAGAGCUUCUGUGCCAGGCUUUAAAUCAGAAAAACUCAAUAAGCUUAAAGAAGAAGUAGGAGAGCCUGGAAAUUAA